AUGGCGGUGCUCCUGAAGAGGUUGCUGCAUCCCCGGAGGUCCCCAGUGGCCUUGGGCCGCCCCCUGGGACGGGGUGAGGCCAGCCUGGGCACUGAUCCCAGGGCUGCUGUGCGAGUGCGGUUCGCCCCCAGCCCCACAAGCUUCUUGCCCCUGGGCGGCCUCCACACUGCCUUGUACAACUACAUCUUUGCCGAGAAGCACCUGAGGCUGGAGGACAUGGAUCAGGCCUGCCUUGCGCUUGGGGCAGCAGAGAAUAUUGAGGACAUGCUGGAGUGGGCAGGCAUCCCCCCUGACAAGAGCCCCCGCCGGGGAGGUCCUGCAGGGCCCUACCUGCAAUCUCAGCGACUUGCACCCUACACCCAUGCUACCGAAGCUCUGCUGAAGCAGCGGCUGGAGCUCCUGCAGAGGGAGGCCCUGAGGAGCCAUCAGACUCGCCAGUAUGACAAGCGGUGCCGGAGCCUGGGCCAGGCGCAGGUGGCCCAGAAGCUGGCCAAAGACCCCAAGCGUGCCAUCCACUUCCGCCCAGGGGAGGCACCAGCCUUCCAGGACUUGGUGUAUGGCUGGAAUCCGCACAAGGUGGCCAGCAUGGAGGGGGACCCGGUCAUCCUGAAGAGCAAUGGCUUCCCCACGUACCACCUGGCCUGCGUGGUGAUCGACCACCACAUGGGCAUCAGCCACAUGCUGCGGGGCUCCGAGUGGCUGGUCUCCACCUCUAAGCACCUGCUCCUCUACCAGGCCCUGGGCUGGCAGCCCCCGCGCUUUGCCCACCUGCCCCUGCUCCUCUACAGGGAUGGCAGCAAGCUGUCCAAGAGACAAGGGGACGUUUGCUGCCGGCGGCUUCCUGCCGAUGCCUUGCUCGACAUCAACACCAACUGCGGCUCAGGGUUUGCAGAGAACCAGAUGGGCAGGACCUUGCCAGAGCUGAUCACACAGUUUGACCUGACCCGGAUCACCUGCCACUCAGCCCUGCUGGACCUGGAAAAGCUCCCAGAAUUCAACAAGCUGCACCUCCGCCAGCUGGUGAGCGAUGAGACCCAGAGACGCCAGCUGGCGGGGAAGCUGCAGGCCCUCGUGGAGGAGGCUUUCGGGAGCCAGCCGCGAGACAGGCAUGUGCUGGACGCGGCCUAUGUGGAGAGGAUCAUCCCGCUGAGACAGGGCCACGUUUGCCGCCUGCAGGAUUUGGUCUCCCCAGCGCAGUCCUACCUGUGGACUCGCCCUGCUGUGGGUCGAGCGCAGCUGGGUGCCAUCUCAGAGAGGGUGGACGUCAUUGCCAAGCAUGUGCUGGGGCUUUUAGAAGGACCCGGUAUGAACUUAACUCAGGACAUGCUGAACGGAGAACUGAAGAAGCUGUCAGAAGGUCUGGAAGGCACCAAACACAGUAAGGUGCUGAAGCUCCUCCGAGUGGCCUUCAGUAGACAGCUGCAAGGGCCUCCUGUAGCUGAGAUGACGUUAUCCUUGGGACCAAAGGAAGUGCGGGAACGAACACAGAAGGUGCUUUCCAGCUAG